AUGGCUGUAGCCAAGGUGUUCCAGAACCAGCUAGAGCCUCUAAUGGAGUGGCUAGAUAAAGCAGAGAAAAAGUUUGGAAGCAUGGAGUCUGUCAGCACUGAUGCAGACAAAAUUGAACAACAGAUCAAUGAACAGAAGGCUCUUGUGGAUGGCAUUGACAAGCAUGAACCUAAGUUUGAAGAGCUACAAUCAAAGGCCAAUGAACUACUGGAUCAGAUAAGUGAUGAAGAUGCUGCAAUGGUAAAAGAUAAAAUCAGUAAUCUUCAAGGCAGAUUUGAUGAUCUUCGUGAGGGAAGCGCUGAUCGUCUCACCAAGAUGACAGAGGCUCUCCAUUAG